UGACGCGCGCCGCGGGUCGCGCGGCCCCGGCGCGUGGUGCGGAGGCAUGGCUUCGCUGCGGUGUAGCACGGCGGUCUGCGUGAUCUGCUUGGAGAAGCCCAAGUACCGCUGCCCGGCCUGCCGCGUGCCCUACUGCUCCGUGACGUGCUUCCAGAAGCACAAAGAGCAGUGCAGCCCUGAAACUCGUCCCAUUGAGAAAAGAUCAGCAGCUCCUGUAAAAACCACAAAGCCUGAGGACAACAAAGAUGAUGACUCUCUAGCUGAUUUUCUCAAUAGUGAUGAGGAAGAAGACAGAGUUUCUUUACAGAGCUUGAAGAAUUUAGGGGAAUCUGCAACUUUAAGAAGCUUAUUGACCAAUCCACACCUUAGACACCUGAUGGUCAACCUUGAUCAGGGGGACAACAAAGCAAAGCUGAUGAAAACCUAUAUGCAAGAGCCUUUGUUUGUGGAGUUUGCAGACUGCUGUUUAAGCAUUGUGGAGCCGUCCCAGAAUGAGGAUUCAUAAAAUGAAGUCCUGUAUUCCUUGCCCAAGCAUAUGCCUCACUCCCAGUACUUGUUGGCUCCUCCCUGGAGCUGGGUAGGGGUUCCCUAGGCGGCCUGGCUGCUGGGUUCCUGAGGCCUUUGCCUUCAUCCACAUAUCUCCGAGACAGAUUCAUAUCUUCAGAUCCAUAGAUACUCAAGGUGUUGAGCCUUUAUGAAGAAGGUGUUUGAUAUUCAAAAUAAGGUUGGUUUUAUAUUUUAUUUUUUAUACAGUUUGGAUACACAUAAAUAUCAAGUUUUCAUCCAGGUUCAGUUAAAAACUGGAUCAGUGUUACUAAACUAAAUGGAAGAUGUGGUUCUUGUGUAUAUUGCAUUGUACUUGGUUCCUAAUCUAAUUCUUUGAAAUCAUAUUAAAUAAAUCAAGAACUUAUUAAAUAUUC